AUGGUGAAAUCAACUCAAAUUGCACGAUUAGACGGCGUCCCACUGGCUGCCUCUGUUGAUGACGACCAGGACGAAGCCAUUCUCGCUGAAGUUAAGAAACAAGUCAAGCUUAUUUUCAAAAGAUUAAGCGAAAAUUCAGAGCCACGGGCUAGUAUUGAGGCAGGUGCUUUUACAAUACACUACCUUAUCCAGGGGAAUGUCUGCUAUCUCUGCAUCUGCGAGCGCUCCUACCCUCGUAAACUAGCUUUUACAUAUCUUCAAGACACCGCGACUGAAUUCUUCUCAAACUACGGAAACCAAAUCCAAGACCCCUCGCUACGGCCAUACGCCUUUGUUGCAUUCGACACCUUCAUGCAGCGUACAAAGAGGACUUACCAGGACACCAGGGCUACCGCCAAUCUGGAUAAGCUCAACGAUGACCUUAAGGAUGUUACAAAGGUUAUGACGAAGAAUAUCGAGGAUUUACUCUACCGCGGAGAUUCUCUCGAGAGGAUGGGAGAUAUGAGCAGCAGAUUGAGAGACGAGAGCAAGAAGUAUAGGCAAGCUGCUGUGAGAAUAAAUUGGGAAGCCAUGUUGAAACAGUAUGGCCCCAUUGGCGCUGUUGGCUUGGUCAUGCUUUUCUUUAUCUGGUGGAGAUUCUUUUAA